AUGCGACAAUUAACUGUGGUCGUUUCGCUUGCAUUGCUUAUCGACGACGCAGUGAAUGCUCUCAGUGUUGUUUUAUUCCUGAUUGGUACAACACAAGACCAACGUAGUCUUUUUGAGUAUUUAGCACAGCAAUUGGCACUAAGAAAUCAUAAAGUUCAUACAGUUAAACCGAUAUUGAUUCCUGAAGAGCCUCGUCUUGUUCAACAAAAACUGCAUUUGGUACAUGAAAUAACACUGAAAAAUUUAUUGCCAUUCCAACUGUAUGCACCUCUUCAAGCAACUGGCAAUAAUAUACCUUGGAUGGAAAAAUAUGACAGCGAAGAGCACAUGAUACCAUAUUAUAGGGCACAUGCUCAUGCUUGCAAAAGAAUGUUAAACAGCGAUUUAGUGGAUAAAUUAAAGAUGGAAAAGCUAGAUUUAGCGAUUGUUUAUUCCGGUGAUGCAUGUCAGCUGGCAAUCGUGCAUGCUUUACAAAUACCCUUCAUCUAUUUCGAUACGGAUGGAUUUACCGAUGAAACGAGAAUCGCAUCUGGAACACCACUGAACGCAGAUAUACCGUCAUCAAAAUGCAGCAAUGACAAUCAAGCAAUACCUGCACUGCAACGAUUUUUGAAUGGUUAUUGCUUGUUGAACGAAUACUUCACGCAAUUACAUAUUCCAUUUCUAUCCUCGUUCUUAUCGAAACGACAUGCAAUUAUGGAUGAGCCGAUCAGUCGAAUGUUUCAACGUGAUUAUCACAUUAAAAAGAAAUUCACUUAUUUCCCGAAUGUUAAUGAGAUUAAACAACAAGCUGAAUUGUAUUUCAUUAAUACGGAUCCAAUAAUCGAAUUUGAACAUCCUCUACCACCAUAUGUAAUACCCGUUGGCGGUUUCCAUAUCGAUGAGCCGAGGCCUUUAUUUUAUCCAUGGAAUAUGAGCACUAGUGAUGAGGUGCAAGCAAAAUCAUCAUCCUAUAAAGGCGUAAUAAUUGUUUCAUUCGGAAAUCAAGUAAACUGCUCAUCGAUGACUCAACAACAAGCUCGUUCAAUUUUGAAUGCUUUAUCGAGAUUUCAUUCAUAUCGCAUCUAUUGGCGUUUGGGUUCUACGCUGUCGCUACCCGGCAUAUCCAUUCACCAAAUCCCACACCAUAUCAAUCUCACCACUUUUAUACCGCAGAAUGAUCUUCUUGCGGAUCAUAGAACGAAAUUAUUAAUAACGAAUGGUGGAAUGCAGAGCAUAAUUGAAGCAUUUGUGUAUGGUGUACCAGUUGUGGGCAUUCCUUUGUAUGGCACGAAUCGUUAUAAUUUAAUGAAAGUUCACAAUAAAGGAGUUGGCUUAAUAUUGAACAAGGAGCAACUCAGUGCAGACAACCUUUAUCGUACGAUCAGUGAGGUUCUUGACAAUGAUAAAUAUAAACGAGCAGCAAAGAAUAUGGCCAGAGAAUGGCGAGAAAGGCCUGCAAGAGCAUUUGAUCGAGUGAUGUAUUACAUCGAAGAUGUGGGACGUAAUCAUGGAUCGAUGUUGAAUAAAAACAUUGUAAUGCGGAAACGAUGCGUUUGGGGAAAAACGUUGAAUAUUGAUAUAUUGAUGGCAUUCAUCUUAUUAACAUAUUUAAAUGUGAUCAGCGAACAACAAAAUAAAAUUAUCGAUGCAAGCAGUCCGGACAAAGACACUUCGGAUGCUAUUUUAUGAAGAUGCUCUUUGAAGGGCUUCGAACAUCCCUAAAAUAUAUUCCUAUUGAUAAUUUAUCACCAAAUUAAUGACUGAACAAGUAAUUACUACUUUGUGUAAAUAAAUAUAAAAAUUCGUAUGGAUGAACUCACUUGAUUAUUGGUAAAAAUAUGUUUUGUCCACGUUGUAGAUGUUCUUUCGAUUCCAGCACAUAUAUUCCAGCUCAAAAAUGCUUCAUUCGUAUUAUUAGUGUUAUUAUUCAUUAUUAUUUAUUAUUAUUAUUUAUUAUCAUCAUUAUUAUUAUUACCAUCAUUAUUACUAUCAUUAUAAUUUUAAUAAUAAAUUU